GGGCUGAAUGCGCGGCGGAGGACUUAGCUGGCGGGACGAGACACUCGAUCCCUUAAGGACAGGCCGGGGAACCGUGAGGGGCCAAAAGUCCGCAGGACACUGCCCGCGCCCAGGUCAGGGGUAGAUUUUUCUUUUUCUUUUCUUUUUUGAGUCCCAGCGCCUAGAAAGACUUGCUUUCGUUGGAAAGCCUCCGCCUCGCCGUUGGCUUCCGAGCACAGACAAAGCGGGGCGAGCAGCACGCUGGGGGCGCUGAAGCCGGCCAUGGUGAUGGAGGUGCGCAUCCUGGAUGCCGGAGGCCUGCGCACGCUGCUGCGCGAGCGCGCCGGCCAGUGCCUGCUGCUGGACUGCCGCUCCUUCUUCGCCUUCAACGCCGGCCACAUCGCCGGCUCGGUGAACGUGCGCUUCAGCACCAUCGUGCGACGCCGGGCCAAGGGAUCCAUGGGCCUGGAGCACAUCGUGCCCAACGCCGAGCUGCGCGGUCGCCUGCUGGCCGGCGCCUACCACGCCGUGGUGCUGCUGGACGAACGCAGCGGCUCCCUGGAUGGCACCAAACGCGAUGGCACCCUGGCCCUGGCCGCCGGCGCGCUCUGCCGGGAGGCGCGCACCACACAAGUCUUCUUCCUCAAAGGAGGAUACGAAGCAUUUUCAGCUUCCUGCCCGGAGCUGUGUAGCAAACAAUUGACCCCUAUGGAGCUCAGCCUUCCCCUGAGUACAAGUGUCCCUGACAACGCAGAAUCUGGAUGCAGCUCCUGCAGCACCCCGCUCUAUGAUCAGGGUGGACCCGUGGAGAUUCUGCCCUUUCUGUACCUGGGCAGUGCCUAUCAUGCUUCCCGCAAGGACAUGCUGGAUGCUUUGGGUAUCACUGCCUUGAUCAACGUCUCAGCCAAUUGUCCUAACCAUUUCGAGGGUCACUACCAGUACAAGAGCAUCCCGGUGGAGGACAACCAUAAGGCUGACAUCAGCUCCUGGUUCAACGAGGCAAUUGAUUUCAUAGACUCCAUCAAGAAUGCUGGAGGAAGGGUAUUUGUGCAUUGUCAGGCGGGCAUCUCCCGGUCAGCUACCAUCUGCCUUGCUUAUCUCAUGAGGACUAACCGAGUGAAACUGGACGAGGCCUUUGAGUUUGUGAAGCAGAGACGGAGCGUCAUCUCCCCUAACUUCAGCUUCAUGGGCCAGCUGCUGCAGUUCGAGUCCCAGGUGCUGGCCCCACACUGCUCUGCUGAGGCAGGGAGCCCGGCCAUGGCAGUGCUCGACCGAGGCGCAUCCACCACCACUGUCUUCAACUUUCCCGUCUCCAUCCCCGUCCACCCCACGAACAAUGCCCUGAGCUACCUUCAGAGCCCCAUCACGACCUCGCCCAGCUGCUGAAAGGGCUGGUUGAAGGUGGUGGUGGUCCCGGUGGUCUUCACAAGCCACCCUGACGCCACUCCUCUUUGGGAGGAGCCAUGCAAUAACUCUGGGAGGGGCUCAUGAGAGCUGGUCCUUAUUUAUUGAAUUUCCUCCGCUUUCCACUUGGUUCCUAAGCAGUUAUGAAGAUGACGUAGCAUCAAGACUUUGCUGAACUCAGCACGUUCGGGACCAAUAUAUCGUGGGUACAUCAAGUCCCUCUGACAAAACAGGGCAGAAGAGAAAGGUCUCUGAGCUAGUUUCUUCACUUGCCCCUGUUUCUUUUUGUUUUUGAUUUUUUUUUUUCUUAUUAGAAACUUCAUGCUUGACAUACCUACCAGUAUUACCAUUCCCAACAACAUACACAUAAGAGAAUUACCUUAUUUAUUUUUGUGUAGGUAGUCUGCCUUCACAAAUGUCAGUGUCUACUUGUAGAGAACCAAAUACCUCAAUUUUUGUGUUUGAGUACUGUACUAUCUUGUAAAUAGGUCCUAAGAAGGUUUGUUUUCAGCACUGACAGAAAACACCAGUGUUUUUUUUUUUUUUUUUUAGUUGCCAACAGUUGUAUGUUUGCUGAUUAUUUAUGACCUGAAAUAAUAUAUUUCUUCUUCUAAGAAGACAUUUUGUUACUAGGAUGACUUUUUUUAUACAACAGAAUAAAUUAUGAUAUUUCUAUUGAAA